AUGGGCCCACCUCCAAACCGACCUUACGAAAGCAGGUCGCGCCUAAGGCAUCUUCUCCCCGCACAGCGGUGGGCCACAGAGACGGCCCAUGUCUCACUACCUGCCGCUUGGAAAGCAAUGACGUCCAGUAUUUCCCGAUGUUUCAGAGCGCCUCGAAGAGAUGCCCUUAGCUUCAAAUCCUUCUGGAGUAGAGGGCAGGGGACACAAAUGUCGUCGUCGGUCCUUGACCCGCGAGCCUCGGGCGAUCGCUUGGUUGUAUUUUUUAGCGUUUGCGCGGCCAAUUCGCAGUCGUUCCGCUCUCGCUGCCCCCUUGCGCUCCGGCUUUGUUAUCUUUUCAACUUUUCUUUCCCCACGAAAAUAAUGGGCGAACCCGGGCACGCGCUGAUGUUAUUGCGCGUUCCUCUAUAUUUCGAUUCCGUUUUCGGAUUGCAUCCAUACUUAUUCGGUGAGUUUUACCAUGCCGCAACACCGGAGGGGAGGGGCUCUUACUCCGAGCGUAUCACUGGAUUGUUAACUCUCCUCGUCCCAAAUUCGGGGGCGGGGGUGCUGUGA